CCACCCUUACCCUGCGAAACGAACGUCGUCAGCAACGUCGAACCGCGCGCGCUCGUUUCUGUCUCUCUCUCACUCUCCUUCUCCCUCUUUCUCUCUCUCUUUCUCCCUCGCUCAUUCUUUCUCCUCGAGUAGACCCGGGGACACGAGGAGUUCGAUCGUGCGGAAGGAACGUCGCUCGCGCCUCUCCGCGUCCGCGCUUCGCACCUGGAGAUUCUCUCAUUUCAACCCCCGACGAGCGACCGCGUUUGGUGGACGCGCGCGAGUUAUACAUGUCGUGAUGCCGCGGGGUGAGCGACGCGCGCCGCCGAGAGGACUCGCGGCCGAGGGUGCUUCGAUCUCGUCCUGACGAUACCAGCCCUCGUGCGUCACCCUGUCAGUGGACACUAGUGAGGUGCGUUCGGUAGAAUAAUGUUGGUGUGAGUGGGCAAGACCUCCCCCGCCUCCCUCCCGACACGCUGGUACUAUCCGGGUUCGUCGGAUGGAUCGGGGAUACGUCUUUAGAGAUUGUGCCGGCUCUGUCCGCUCGUGAUCUCGACGGCAAAACGAAGACGAGCGAGCGACGCGUUGACGCGAGACCCGUACUCUCUCUGCAUCCCUCCUGUAUGCGAAGUGUGUGCGACGUGUAACACGUGUGACAGUUACCCGUGGGAUACCACCGCGGAUUAUACGUUUCUUCGACCGCAAAGGGGUGGUUGGAGGCGCCGUGUGCGGGAUUACACAUACGUAUACACACGUACACGCACACACACACGCACACGCACACACACAUAUAUAUACACAUAAACACAUACACAUAUCUCAGUGGUUCUCCUUGGUGCGCGUUACGGCGGAUUCAUCCCUAAAGGAUAUGUCGCUAUAGUAGUGCUCGCACGGAUCGCAGCUACGAUGGCCGGAUACUCCAGUGCGCUCAAUACGGAUUUCGCUCCGGAAUCAGCGCGGAGGAUGCAACGAUCUGCGAUCGAUGCUAUCGAGGAUGCCAGGGAAUCCUCCGGAUGCGCGAUAACGAGGUCUAACGAUCGAUCUCGCCGGUGGACGGAGGUAGGAAAGUCAGAAGUGCGGAAAUCGCGAGGAGAGAAGACGGAACACGCGGGCAUCGGAUGGAGAGAGGAAAACAGGAACGGGAGCAGAAAGGUCGGGCGAAGAACAGUACCGUUAAUAAUUUGCCUCUCGCUGCUGAUGACAAUGGAGGCGAAGACAUUGGCAGCUACGAACGUGACAAACGCGUCGUCCGUGGUAGUGUCGACGCUGAAGCCGUUUACAACGACGGAAGUAGUUUAUCAGCGAUUCGCUAUCGAGCCGAUGGAUCAAACCGCGGUGAUUGGCAGCCGGGUGACGCUUCCAUGCCGAGUUCUCGAUCAGAAGGGGCCCAUUCAAUGGACCAAGGACGACUUUGGCCUGGGAGCAGUUAGGAAUCUCACCGGAUACGAGCGAUACGCCAUGAUCGGCAGCGACGAAGAAGGCGAUUUUUCGCUGCACAUAUAUCCGGUGGAACUCGAGGACGACGGCACGUAUCAAUGUCAGGCUUCGCCGACAAACGACGGACAGCCGGCUUUACGAUCGAGAUUUGCCAAGCUGAGCGUGCUGGUGCCACCGCAAAAGCCGAAGAUCCUGCAGGGCGACUUCCUCGUCACCACCGAAGAUCGGGAGCUGGUGAUCGAAUGUAUAAGCAGCGCCGGAAAACCGCCAGCGGAGAUCACGUGGAUCGAUGGACUGGGCAACGUGCUACACCGUGGCAUCAAAACCACGAAGGAGGCGUACGAUAACGGUCCGCUGACUACUGUAAAGUCCGUCCUGAGAGUGAUGCCGCGGAAGGAUCACGACAACACGACUUUCACGUGCCAAAGUCAAAAUAUGGCGGAUCGUUCGCCGCAAAGCGCCAAACUUCGCGUCGAGGUACGUUACGCACCGAAGGUGUCCCUCUCGAAGAUCGAUCGCAUCGUCGAAGGUUCCGAGCUUAGGUUCAAAUGUAGCGCCGAGGCCAACCCACCCGACGUAGAAUAUAGGUGGUUUAUCAACAAGAAAAAGGUGAUCGGGGACUACACCACGGAGAUGAUUAUUCACAACGCCACCCGCGAGCUGCACGACGCGACUGUAAAGUGCGAAGUUUCGAACGAAGUCGGCAAAAGCGAGGAGAGCCAAACCCUGGAUAUAAGAUACGGCCCGCAGUUUCGACAUCCGCCGCUCUCCGUGGAAACGCAUUACGGCGCGACAGAGAUCCUGCAGUGCGACGUAGACGGGAAUCCGACGCCGGAGAUUCUGUGGUACCACGAGGAUUCAGAGCGAACGGUCGCCACCAGCCCGAACAUAAGCGUCUUUGUGAGCCCCGACACCGCCGGCCGUUACUACUGCAAGGCCCGUGUGCCCGGCUUUCCAGAAUUAACCGGCCAUGCCAACAUCUACAUUCGCGCGCCGCCGAGCAUAGUGUCGCAAAGGAUCCAGUACGUACCUGACGAAGGAGUGGUCAAGGUUAAGUGCACCGCGAUAUCCGUGCCAAAAGCGGAAUCGGUGGUGUGGAGCUUCGCCGGUCGCGAGCUCAAUUUCACGUCGAACAAUACGCCGUUCUACGUGCAAGAGGAAUACGCGGCCGAGAGGGUAGUCAGCACUGUCACCCUACUGGAUCCCAUAUCGACGUACUUCGGGGAUUACAAUUGCACGGUUACGAACAGCUUCGGCACGGAUUCCGUCAUCAUCAAACUGACAGCACACACGUUGAUUCCAGUCGAUUGGCAACUGAUCUUGAUCAUCGCCGGACUGGUUGUCUGUGUGAUCCUGAUUGGCAUAAUAGUCAUACUCAUUCUACAAUGUCGCGAUCGUAUUAAGCAGCCACGGCCACGAACGGCGCAGACUCAAGAGACCGAUAUGCAGGAGACCGAUUCUAACGCCGAUCGAUACAGAGAAAGCGAUAGAAGCAGCAACCUCUCGGAUGUCAAAGCGGACAUCCGAGCGGGUUCCAGUGUCAGCAACGCGGAAAGUGUCACGGCCCUUGACAGUGAAGGCGAAGGAAGUACCAGAGGAGUAAACGCCUUGGCGCUUGCUGGACCAGUGCCGAAUCCAUUAUCCGGUUAUCGUUACAGCGCCGAUUAUACUGAGCCUUCCUUCCCGCCGAAGAAUAACGAUGGUAGUAACAACAACGGUUACGUGCCAUACGUUGACUACACUCGCGAUUACAUGCCACCAACGACGCAGAGCAUGGGCGCGUCGCGAGAGUCCUUGAGCAGGAUAUCCUCUAGCGGUAUCCUGUCAUCGAAAAAAAUCGGACUCAGCUCGGCCAACCUGGGCAGCUCGACUCCGCAGACAACGCCGAUCGAUCCGCGAUUUUCCGCGACGUAUGGCAAUCCUUAUCUCAGAAUGUCAGCGGCCGAGCAGCUCCGACACGCGCCGCACACAGCCGUGCCGGGAGUCACGCCGGCACCGCCGCCGUACACGCAGGCAAUGAGAAUGAAUAGCUUGAAUACCUUGAACGGCGCUGGCCCGCAGGCCCCGCUGUCAGCGCAUUACAUCACCGGCGGCCCAAACGGGGCCAUGGCGACGGUGAAGCGCACAUCCGCGGUGGGCACGUUAGCGACGCACGUAUGAGGCCAGGGGA